GGAAAUCAAUAUUCCGCCGAGGAAACUGCUCAGCCGCCGCUCUGCCACCGCUCAGGCGGCUGAGAUGUUGAUGGACUCCCCCAAAUCCGCCGAUGAUGGCCUGUUUCAGAGAUUCUUGCCGUACAAUAACUUCGAUGAUGAUGAUGCAGACCCUUACUCCUCAGAUCGUUUCAGAAUGUACGAAUUCAAGGUUCGGAAGUGCACUCGAAGCCGUAGCCACGACUGGACUGAUUGUCCCUUUGCUCAUCCCGGAGAAAAGGCCCGGAGAAGGGAUCCCAGAGGGUACCAUUAUUCUGGUACUGUGUGUGAAGAGUUUCGUAAAGGCCAUUGCAGCAAAGGGGAUAAUUGCGAGUUUGCGCAUGGAGUUUUCGAGUGUUGGCUUCAUCCAAUGCGAUAUCGAACUGAGGCUUGUAAAGAUGGUAAGAAUUGUAAGCGAAAGGUCUGUUUUUUCGCGCACUCCACGAGACAGCUUCGUAUUUUAUCUGAUAACUCUUCUCCUCCACUGAUUUCUCCGGUUUCUAUCGAUUUGAACCAUUGCUGUGUUCAUUGUCACUCUAUGAUUGCUUCUCCAACUUCUACUUUAAUAGGCUUGUCUCAUCUGUCAUCCCCUCCAUUUUCGCCACCGAUUUCUCCUGUCAAAACACCUGAGUUUUCGCGUCGUCCACUCGAAUCUUCUGCUCUGAAUGAAUUUAGUUCUGGUGGGUUGAGUUACAAGGAUGCCUUGACUGAACUUAUGGGGAAUUUGGAAGCCAUGAAUCUGACUGAAGGUGCUUCAUCACGUGGGAAUUUAUUCAAUCUUGAUCCUGAACAAUCCCAAUUUUUGUUCUCCCCUUCGACCCGAAAUCCUGCAGGUUCAAACAGAUUCUUCAAUGGGGAAUUUUCAAGCAGGGAUUUCACUGAGGCCAACAAGUACAACAAUGAAAGUGGACCUGAUUUUGGGUGGGUGAAUGAUCUUUUAACCUAAAUAAUUAUUGAUAAAAAGGAUAAUGGACCACAAUAUGGUAGCCAUGGUGGUGAUGGUGAUGGAAAAACUGAAGGAGAUAUUAAAGGGUUUUUGUACACAAUCCACAUGUAUGUACUCAAUCCAAAGUGUGUGUAAUAUUAUUUUGCUCAAUGUUCUUAAGAUUUUUGUUGAUGUAUUGGACUGUACUAAAUGGUGUAUGCGAAUUCAAUAAUGUGGUAAUUUCUGUAUUUUAAUAAAUUCCAACUCUAUUUUGCUUUUGUA